AUGUGCGAUCUUCACUAUACGUGCGAGAGUCUUUUUUCAAAUAAAGAUUCUCCACAACAAUACGAUAAUAUUCUAUUACAGUUCUUUAAUGCCACAAAUUUGGAUGGCAUUACAGUAUCAUCCUUCGUUAAUGAUCCAGAUUUUCCAACGUUAGUUCAAUGUAUUCUUUUUCCGAUAAUGAGAUACGCAAUACCAAGUCCAUCUGAAGGUAAACCACAAAAAAUUGUUUUUGAAUGCAUUCAUUUCUUGACUCAAUUAUCUUAUACAAACCCAUACAUUUUAAACAUCAUCGCAGCAAAUGUACCAUUCGAUAGUAUAAUAAAAACAUUCUUUGAAAGUAUUAGCGGAACAAAUGACGUAGAAAAUGGAGGAGGUUCAAUCUUGAUACCAGUACUGAAGCUCCUUUCCAUACUUUCAACAUCACGAGAUAUAAAAUUAGAAAAUGCAGAUUCAAUUUCUCUACUUUUUGAUACAAUGUCGUUAUUAUAUUCAAUCCCAGAAGUUUCUCACUUAAGUGUUUCUAUUACUGCAGGAUUUAUUCGAAACUCUCCUACGGCGAUGGCAUAUAUCAAGCAUACAGCCGAUUUACUCACUCUCAAAAAUCAAAUUGGAGAUCAAUUAACUUCAGAUGAUCCAGCGAUUGUAGUUUCAGCUUUAUGCUUACUGACUCUUCUAUUUCCGACACAAGUUACUCCAAAGACAGCUUUCAAUGUUGCUGUUAGUUCAUUUUCAGGCCAAACAUCUCCUUUAGUUCCAUUUCUUGCAGCAACAAUAAUCCUUGAUCUAUCAGAACAAGUAGAUAUCACAACGCAAGAUAUAGCAUAUCUUCUCAAAGCCGCAAUGAAUGGCGGAAUGACUGCUUUCAUCAUUUAUAAUUUGUUAACUGAUUUAGGUUCUUUCCAUGAAAUUAUCAUCAAAACAAUACAUGAAACAAAUUGCUUCUUUACUUUAAUAGAUACAAUGUUAGAUGCAAAAGAUGGUUAUGUAACAAUUAGUGGUUCUCAUUUCCUCUCAUUUUAUUUCCAGCAUAAAGAAGACUACGUUUAUUCAAGUGAUGUUGUUGAACCAUUUAAUAAAGCAAUUAAGAUCGCAUUGACAUCACCGAAAUACAAGACAAUAGAACAAAGAGAAGCAGCAAUAUCAUUAAUGAGAAUCAUGAUUCAAGCACCAGAAUCUGUUACUUAUGUUUUAUCUUCAAUACAAUCUCAUGAAGAAGAUUUAUUCAUUGAUUUCCAAAGACAAUGUGAAUUAAACAAUAGCUACAUAAGUCUGCAAUAUUUCUUAUUGAUAUACGAAUGCAGUGAUUUUCUUCCUCAUUUCAGACCAAAGUUAAUUGAUUUUCUCGCUGAAACUCCUUUCACAGCUCUUUUAGUUCAUGUUUUAUCUGAUGCAAGAAAUAGAAUUGCUCUCACUGAUGCAUUAAGAGCCCACUACAUUAUUGCAAGUGGUUUGCAAGAAGAUAUUCCAUCACAGAAUUCACCUUUCUUUGAAGGAGUUGUUUCAUCUCUUUUAUUAUUGAAUACAAAGAGAUAUAAUGAGAGAACAACAGCUAAAGCACGUCUUGCUGAGAUUAUUUCGAACUAUCAUCAACAAAUCAUUGCAUUAGAAGCAAUUAGAGAUUCUACUGAAACGCAAUUGCAAGAAUUCCAAGCAGAGCAUGAUGAAAGUAAUGCCGCUUUGAAACAGGAACUUCAGGAGAAAAAGAGUGUUCACGAAGAAAAUAUCAGAUUAUCAUCAUCAAUAAAGAGAAUGAUUGUACAACUCAAGAAAACAAAAGAAGAAUUUGCAGUCGCAGAUGAAGAAAAUGUAAUGCUUCAAGCCAGAGUUAAGAACUUAGAAGAUAUGGCUGUCGGAGCAAAAGAAGUAUCAAGCAACUUUAGAGAGAGAUUAUUAGCAUAUACAGCUGCUGAAUCUAAACUUAGAAAGCUCAGAAAAGAAAAUGAAGAAUUAAUUGAUGAAUUGAAGAAACAAAACAGAGAAUUUGAUAAAGGAAAGAAGAAAACAGAUAGUUAUAAAAGAAGAUAUGAUACGCUUAAGCAGGAAAUCUUAGGCCAUAAAACAAAAGCUAAUGAAUUACAAGGAAAUCUCGAUACUCUCAAAGAUGAAUGUGAGAAAUUGACAGAAAAAUGCGAAGAAUAUCAAAGAAAAGUCAAAGCACAUCAAGAAAUGGAUGAUAAGAAAGAUACAACAGAAAAUAGAAUGAUUGAAGAACUUAAAGGCGAAAUAGAACAAGCUAAACGUGACCAAGAACUAUCUCAAAGAAAAAUUGAUGAUAAACUAUCAGUUGUUAACCAAGUCCAAGAAAGAAUCACAACGCUUGAACAACAGAUCGGAUAUUUCAAUAUGCUAAUCAGAUUAAUUCAUAAAUCAACAGCUGGUCCAGAUGCUCUUCCUAAAGAAGCUGUGAAGUACAUGAAGAAGCAGAAAUAA